AGCGCGUUGCAAGCACCUUCUGCACGUUUGGCGUGGCUAUUGUCUGGGCUUACCCAGUUGCAAAGGCAGUCCACGAUAGCCGGGCUUUGCAUAUCGCAAGGUCAUCGUCAAAUGUCGAACCCUGUUCUUCUACAUUGCGGCUGGUGUGUCUCAUGCCUCCAACGGCUUCUGGCAGUUGGGCUCACAUAUGCUCAGCAGUUGAUAUUGUGGCUCGUGGGUCUGAGAUUCAGCGACCUGGAUCGCGACCGUGGCGUGAGCAACGGUCCAGGGUGGGCGACAGGCAUGAUGGAAGCCAUGCAUCAUCAUGGCUGCAUUGCGAAAUGGUGUAGCGUCGACACUCCCACGCCGGCCAGGAGCAGGAGUCCACUCACACCUUGCACCUGGUCGCGGAUGGGGGGUAACCCAUCCCUGAUGUUGCUCCGUGGUAUCGUGCUAGUGCAGUUGGGAGUAGUAAUUCGUAUCCUGGACGAAAAACCUGAUGUCUCACUCUGCAUGAUCCUUGACCGACUGUCUGUGGGUGGACAGGGGAGUGUUAUUGGCGAGGAUUCCGGUGCAGAUGGUGCAGGGCUUGCAGGUGGUGCAAGUUGGAGAGCAAUCGAAGCGUCAUUAGAUGCAGUUGAGACCGGAGCUCUAGAAUCGGCGUGCUGCCAUUGGGUGCUCGACGCGUCCUCAAACCAACAGCGAAAAAUCUGCAAGACCGUUUACUUGCUCAUGCGCCUUCUUGUGCGUGAGCAUCCUUCAAAUGUCGCAAACAAGAAUGCUCGAUGCAUUCGAUUCAAGGCGGGAUACUCGUGCCUUCAAUCGACCAACGCGACCGUGGUGGCAUACCAGCCGCCAAUUAGAACCGAUCCCCUGAGGGUGUGUUGAGGUAAGGAUUGGUUUUCUGGGAACUACUAGGAUAGGCUUGGCGAAGUUGGGGGAGUUGGUUGGUAGCUAGAAUCUUGGAGGUGCCAUGCCAUGCUCCAAGUCAGAUCUGUCAAAUCGUCAGGGUUCAACUGUCCGUCCUUGCCAUUUCAACUUUGGGACGGGCUGUUGUGUGGCUUGAAGUUUUUGCUGGGAUUUGCUAC